CCGCCGCGCGCCGGAAGUGGUGGCUGGAGCGGGAACGCUGAGGUGUCGGCCCUCCGGGCAGCGGCCCGGGGGCGGGGGCGUUGGUCAUGUUUCCCGUCGGGCCCGGUAGCCCCGGAGGGGACCUGACGGCCGGAACCGGGGCUGAGGAGCCGGCACCCCACGGAGGUCAGGAGGCAGCCGCAGGGCCUCUCCCUUCCCCGCCCGUGGCGCCACAGCCUGGGGCUGACGCAGCCCUUCCUCCGUCGCCUUCUGAGNNNCCCCGCCGCCCCGGCGGCCCAUCGCUACCCCAGGCCGCACGCGCCGGGGAGCUCGGGCCGCCCGGAGCUCUGGAGUCCUCAGCUGCUUCCGCCCAGGGAAAGCUGUCACCGCCCUCCCCGACGCGCCGGCGACACGGGCCAGACUGCAGGGCCGGGAGCCGAGGCCGGCACGGUCUCAGCACUUGCCUGGGCGGCCCUGGCGCCAGACUGUUCGGGUGGCUGAGAGAGCGCAGCCUGGGCCGCGGGCUGUUCGUGGACCCGGCGCGGGACAAUUUCCGCACCAUGACUAACCUCUAUGGUUCCAUCCAUCCUGCGGACUCGGUGUACCUCAGCACCCGUACCCACGGUGCCGUCUUCAACCUCGAGUACUCGCCCGACGGGUCAGUGCUAACAGUUGCUUGUGAACAGACUGAAGUUCUGCUUUUUGACCCUAUAUCAUCAAAGCACAUAAAAACACUUUCUGAAGCUCAUGAAGACUGUGUGAAUAAUAUCAGAUUUCUUGAUAACCGGCUGUUUGCUACCUGCUCUGAUGACACUACAAUAGCACUAUGGGAUCUAAGAAAACUGAACACCAAAGUAUGCACUUUACAUGGUCACACUAGCUGGGUGAAGAACAUCGAAUAUGAUACUAAUACAAGACUCUUAGUAACAUCAGGAUUUGAUGGAAAUGUCAUUAUUUGGGACACCAACAGGUGUACAGAAGAUGGGUGUCCACAUAAGAAAUUUUUUCACACACGUUUUCUCAUGAGAAUGAGAUUAACACCGGAUUGUUCCAAAAUGUUGAUCUCAACAUCCUCUGGGUAUCUCUUGAUUUUGCAUGAUCUUGACUUAACCAAGUCUUUAGAAGUAGGCAGCUAUCCCAUUUUGAGAGCAAGAAGAACUACAUCAAGUUCAGAUCUGACCACUUCGUCGAGUUCAUCUGGUCCUAGAGUUUCUGGGUCACCUUGUCAUCAUAAUGAUUCUAAUUCAUCUUCUGAGAAACACAUGUCACGAGCCUCACAAAGAGAAGGAGUUUCACCACGAAAUAGUCUUGAAGUCUUAACCCCUGAAGUUCCUGGUGAGAGAGACCGUGGAAACUGUAUCACAUCCUUACAGCUGCACCCAAAAGGCUGGGCCACUCUUCUUCGGUGCUCAAGCAACACUGAUGAUCAAGAGUGGACUUGUGUCUAUGAAUUCCAAGAAGGAGCUCCCGUGCGACCUGUCUCACCUCGCUGUUCUCUACGACUUACUCAUUACAUUGAAGAAGCCAAUGUAGGCAGGGGUUAUAUCAAAGAACUUUGCUUCAGUCCUGAUGGGCGAAUGAUUUCUUCCCCACAUGGCUACGGAAUUCGCUUGUUGGGAUUUGACAAACAGUGUAGUGAACUUAUUGACUGUUUGCCCAAAGAAGCCAGUCCCCUGCGGGUGAUCCGUUCUCUGUACUCUCAUAAUGAUGUGGUACUGACAACGAAGUUCUCUCCAACACAUUGUCAGAUUGCCUCAGGGUGCCUUAGUGGACGGGUUUCUUUGUAUCAGCCAAAGUUUUAGGCACAACUUAUCAAAUAAGGAACUCUUCUGGUGUUUGACUUAUAAAUUACUUCAAUUUAGGUGAAGUAUUUUCUUUUUAGAAGAUCUUAAAAGUCUGGGUGAAGAUCCUGGUUCUUAUGGGUCCAUGAACACACCUGUGACCUGAGUACUUGGUCGUCCAGCACUGUAGGGCGUCGCCAAGUCGGACUCUAUGCAGCAGCAUCUUUUGCAGCAUUCCUCAGCUCCUGCUGAUCUGUGCCACUGAACUCCAGUUCCUCUGGUGAUUUUGCAUGUUAGCUCUUGUCAAGUUUUUCUUUUCUUUCGUUUUUUGAUUUUGGUGUGAAUUCUGUGGACAUUUGGCAGGAGUUUGGGUUAGGUUAGAAGAAACCGUGACACUAGACUAAAACCCAGAAGUUUGAUAUUGGCAUACUGGUUGAAAAAGAAAUUUCAUCUUCAUUUAUCAGUAUACUUGGCCUUUUAAAGCUGCUGUUAUUUUUCUCUAUAAUGAGCACAGAUAAUGGCAUUAUUCUCAUAACUGUUAGAUAGUCUUGCAACAAAAUGUCUUUUAAGCUUCCUGUUAAAAUUAUACAUAUUUUUUCCUCAUGAGAGGGAUAUUUUUGUGAAAGUCUAGAAAAAAUAUUACCUCUCUUUGUAAUUUAACUUACUUGAUGAAUUUUAAAAUAUCUAGCAUGUGUCUUUACUUCGUAUUUUGUUCAUGUCAACAGCAUUAGAAAGAAAAAGAGGAAAAGGAAUGGGCUUUGGUCAUCUCUGUUGUAUAGAAGAGGAUUUAUUUAUUGGAUUAGUACACUUUCUGACUACAGUGAUGAAAACAAUGUGGCUCAGAUUUUCUAUUUUCUCUGCCAGACUAUUUGAAUCACACAGGAUGACAUUUUAUAGUAUUGGAGUGGAGGGGCAAUUGAGAGUAAAGGGGUGUGUUUUAGUCAAAUUUCUUCCUUGAGCCAAGUGGCAUGAGCUCAACUCUCUUAGUAUUAGUGAGAGGAGAGCUGCAGUCCUCUUCAAGCUGUUGGCAUAGCUGUGGUAGUCAGUGACUUGGAUGUUAAGACUAAGAGCUGAUAUGAAGACUUUUCGUUGUGUUUUGUUAUGGGAUGCAGCAAGUAAAAAGCAUCAAGCAGAGUUCAAGCACAAGGCUGACUGCUCUGCUGAAGUAAGAAGCUUACUUCUAGUCUCCUCCAUUUUGUAUGGUAUGUUGUUUAGAGGGAAUCUGCCAGAGACUGGGGUAAUUUAAGCCACAUGCUAGCUUUUUCCCUCUCUAUCACACUCUCUUAGGCUAGUCAUUCUCAAACAUUAGGGUACAUUAUAAUUAUUGAGGAGCUUGUGAAAAAUAUAGAAAACACCCUCAUCUUAGGAGGUUUUGAUUCUGCCAGGGAGAGGACAGGAAUCUGUAUUUUUAACAGGAACCCCAGUCAAUCUUUAUUCAGAUGGUCCCUGGAUCAUAGUUUGUAAAACACUACCUUAAACAUCAGUAAAUACUUCUGUACCCAUCAGGUGCUUAACACAACUCCCAAAAGGUGUUUUGAUUAUUAAAAAAAUAAUAAGUAAACUAAAGCAAUUUUAGAGGUAGAAAAUGCAAAAUAGAAUCAAUAUCAUUAUUUAACAAAUGAGAGAAGUUAAGUGACUUGUCUAAGGCCAUCCUGAAAAGUUAGUGGCAGAGCCAGGACUUGAAUUCAAGUCUCCUAAUUCCUUGCUCAGGGCAAUUUCUACUGUAUUAUGCUGUCUGUUAAAACAAUGACUUACAAACACUUUAUUUUGUCUUUAAGUUGUAUUAUUGUGAAUGCCCUUAAAACUGGCCAAUAGAUUGAAAAAGGGAGGCAUGGGAGUAGAAGCUGAGAAUUCCAGCCAUAAGAAGAAAAGUAUUUUAAAUCUUACAAAAAUGUUUAAGCAACCCAAAUACAUGAAUAAAAAUGACAUUUCUUUGUAGACCUACCGGACAGUCAUUCACACACAUGUAUAAAGACUACAUCUCACUUGGAACAAUGUAGGCUCUGGUACAAAUUUUAAAAAUUAGAUCAAUUUACCUUGGCUGUUAAAAAAAAUUAGAAACUUAUUAGUCAUCAAAAAAUUUACAGCAAAGUACAGUGAAACACAGGUUUGCCAUAAACUUUUUAAAAAACAUGUUUAAAAGAAAAGUUUUGGAGGCAAAAACACUCAGUGUUAACAUUAACUACUAACUACAAUGAUUGUAUUGAUAAUCCAAAGAAGUUUCUGUAAAUUGCAUCCCCUUUGGAGAGAGUUCCAUGUCAGAUGCCGGGCACACAUGUUGCCCAACUUUAAAUUUUAGUCCAUGAUUCUUUAACCAUUAGAGAGCACCUAGUAUGUGUCCAAUAAUGUAAAUACUUUACAACUAAUCCUCACAGAGACCUUGCAAGGGAGGUGGCAUAAGCACCAAUCUACUUUGGAGGAAAUGGAGGGUCAGAAAGGUUAAGUGAUUUGCUUAAAGUCACAGAGCUGGGUGGCAGCACUGGGAUUCAAACCCAGGUCUGUUUGUUUUAGUCCAAAGCCUGUGCUUGUUACUCUACCGUUUUACCCUUUAGUUUACAAAGGAUGAUAAACUGACCUGUUGAUUUACUUGUUUAGCAUCCUCUGGAAGUUCUUUUAUUACAGAGCUGGCUUACCUUCUGCUCCAUGUAAAAGAACAUUUACAAGAUUGACAGUUUUCAUUAGAAUUAAUACCAUAAACUGCUGGGCAUACAUACAGUCCAUUCCUAACUAAAAAACUUUAAGCAGAAUAAGUAGCUAUAAAAUGAAGAAAGAUGGAGGCUAAAUAGCCUUGUAUAAAAAUAGAGCCACACAGAUGAGAAUUAAAAAUUAAUAGCCUGCAAACUCAACAAAACCACCUUUGUUCUCUUUGAGGUAUGAUUAUGAUCAAAAAGUCAUCAGGGUUAUUAAUCAAGGAAUUAAAGGCUUUUAGGAAUGGUAUAUUAUUGGAGGAAAUUACAAUUUCACAUUUUACUUAGAGUAUAAAAUCUAAUCUGGAGUUUUUUACUCUAAAAACUCUAAAUUUUAUUUAGUCAUUUUUAUUCAUGAUAAUUGGUAAAUGUAUUAUAACUGGUAAUAUAGUACAAUUGUUGGUAAAUGUAUAAAUUAUACUUCUGUUUUAAAAAGCUUUCUGCAGAACAGUUAUUUAUGGCAAUGCUAUGUCAAAUGAGUUUAGGAACAUCAAAUAUAUAGUAGAAAAUAGUUCCUUAUUUUCAAUUGUGAAAAUGAAGUGGCUAAAGCAGAAGAGACCUCUAUUUUAACCUUUUGAAAAUAUGUGUGGUCUUUUUUCUCAGAAGCCCAAAGAAUAUAUAUAUUUUGUUAUUUUUCCUUGUUACAUCCCUGAGAAGAAGCUAUACCAAAAAUUUCUAAAAAACAAGCAAGGAAAAGGUAAAUCACGUUUCCCACUCCUCUGUCUAGAACCAAAUCACAUUAUACUGUUAGUAUUAAAGUUUUGUUUGCUAGAAAGUGCAAUAUAGGAAAAACAUUCUGAAAAUCUGUUAGAAGCCUAGUGUUUCCCAUUUAGUCAUAAUAUAUGGUGUUGGCAUCCACAGUAUGUUAAGCUUGGGUUUAGCAGAACUAUUCUGAUAAUUUACUGAUGACAAUCAUCCCUAUUUAGUGACCAGCAGUCACUGAGAGUUGUGAAAUUUCACUAAGUGACAGCCAGUGUUGGCCAUGAAAGAAAGCAUUUAUGUGAAUUUUUAGAUAACUAGUGUAUAUCUCUUAAGUGCCAAAAUUAAAAACUUAUAAUUAUUUUUGAUGCAAGUCUUGCAGAUAUGUUAGUAUACCUCCCUGCCGCCUUCUUAAACAGCAUGUUCGGUAUACACUUUUCACGAUAAAAAGUAAAAGUUAUAUUCAUGUGUCAUUACAAAUAUCCAAUGAGCUCUGAUUUAUAUAAAAUACUUCAUAAAAUGUAAAGGGCUAUAACAAAUGAGUUAAUAUCAAUUAUUAUAAAGUGAUUCCCUCAGCCCUGAGGUAUAUAUAAUCAUUUGCCUCAGAUUGCUGUUUUGUUUUUUUUAAACUCAAAAAUGUUUUAUAUCUGCUAAAUAGUUUGUUCUGUCUCUUACCACACUAUUAAAACACCUGCCUCUUAGGCUCUCCCACUUCCCUCUAAUGUGCUGUGUUCAUCUGCUGUGAGCUGGGACAUGCCAUAAUCAAGCCUGCUUAGUGCCUGCAGAGCUGGACAAGCUCUGGUGCAUAGUCUUUGAGACCACUCUUUUGGUUUCUUACCACCUUUCUGACAGAUUCACAAUAACCAUCUGGAUAAUAGAAGUUUCCAGUUAAAGCCUAGGCUAGUGGUUUUUUCAUUUGCCACUAAGUAAAAUACUACAAACUAAGGAUGUUGCUAGAUUAAGGGAUAAACAGCAAUGUACCAAAGAAUAGCAAAACAACAACAAAGGCUCUGCAUUUGCACAGGGGUCUCAUGCUUUUAAAAAAAAAAAAAGAAUGCAGGAGGGAAAAAAAACAAUGAAAAUCAGAUCUAGACAGACUUAAGAGUAUUUUUAAUGCCAUUAAACUUUGCCAAUAACCAUUAAAAUAUAUGCUUAAAUUAUCACAUGAUGUUACAAAGACACAGUUUAGUCUCAUUGUAGAAUAAGACUGUACCAAAAUUUAUACCCUAAAGAUGAUUCCUAAGAAUUUCUCCCAUUCAAAUGAUAAUGGAAAUUGUUAUCUAAAGGAAAGUCUCAAAUUUACCUGUAUGCUUUUGUUGUAAAUGAAUUAGCGAUAGAAAUAUGGGUUUUCUCAAACCUUGAAGGAACACAUCUCACAUACACACACCUCCUAUAUAUAUGUGUAUAUAAAUGUCACUAUAAAUGAAAAUGUCGCCCAGAGACAAUAAAACAAUUUUUAAAAUUUAAAUCUGGUCCAAAGUAUUUAAAAUAGAAUUUUCAGCUUUCCUAAGUUUCUCCCUCAUUUAGAUUUCAUGGUUUUUACAUUCAAGAUUGAAUGUUUGAAUUUUCUUUUAAAUUUCACUGCAUCUUCCAUUUCUAAACUAUGCUUUCUGGUAAAUUUUAGAUUCACAUUUUUGGAAAUUUGGAGUGUUCCAGAUAAUACACUAGACACUAGAACGUUUUCUCACUGGGCUCUGAGGUGCUGUAAGUUCUGUGCUAGACUGUAAGCUCCGAGAGGGCAGGGGCUAUUUUAUCUAUUCUGUACCCUCAUUGCCUGGUACAGGAUUUGACAGAGUAGCUGUUCACUGUUUGUCGAAUGAAUCAAAUGAAUCUUCACCUUAUGUGGCCUAAAGUUCCCAUGAAGCCAGAAUGUGAUGUGCUAAAAAUAUUCGAUACCAGAGGAAUUCAUUAUUUAUUAUUACAAUGAACAGACUGUAUUCAUCAAA